UUAUUUGACAAAAUCAUGUCUUGGUUUACAGGCCCUGUAGCUGUUGAUCCCACUCUGAGGAGAAGAAUUGAGCCCUACGAGUUUGAAGUCUUCUUUGCCCCCCGGGAACUUCGGAAAGAGACCUGUCUGCUGUAUGAGAUCAACUGGGGAGGAAGGCACAGCAUCUGGCGACACACGAGCCAAAACACCAACAAACACGUUGAAGUCAAUUUCAUAGAAAAAUUUACUACAGAAAGAUACUUUUAUCCAAACGCCAGAUGCUCCAUUACCUGGUUCCUGUCCUGGAGUCCCUGUGGGGAGUGCUCCAGGGCCAUUACAGAAUUUUUGAGCCGAUACCCCCAUGUAACUCUGUUUAUUUAUAUAGCACGGCUUUAUCACCACGCAGAUCCUCGAAAUCGGCAAGGACUCAGGGACCUUAUUAGCAGCGGUGUUACUAUCCAGAUCAUGACGGAGCAAGAGUCUGGCUACUGCUGGAGGAAUUUUGUCAACUACUCCCCUUCGAAUGAAGCUCAUUGGCCAAGGUACCCCCAUCUGUGGGUGAGGCUGUAUGUACUGGAACUCUACUGCAUCAUUUUAGGACUCCCACCCUGCUUAAAUAUUUCAAGAAGAAAACAACCUCAACUCACGCUUUUCACCAUUGCUCUUCAAAGCUGCCAUUACCAAAGGCUACCACCCCACAUCCUGUGGGCCACAGGGUUGAAAUGACUUCUGGGAGUUGGGGAUGGAUUAAAUGACUCCUUGUAUGUCUUGACAGCAAGCAUUGAUUACCCACUAAAGAGCGACUGCCACAAGGAA